CUAAUCUAUUCAAUCAAUCAUCCAGCCCAACUUUGAUGAGAGAGAGAGGAAAGAGAAGUAUAGUGUUUUUUUGGAAUUUAAUACUCCAACUCAGAGAUAGAGAGAGAGCUUAUAAACAUUCGAAACGAAACAUGUUGCAUUUGUGCUGGGUUUGAAACGAGUCAUUAUAGUUGAACUAUAAUUUGUAUUGAAGAGAUAGAGACUCUUCCUGCAAACUUCUUUCUCUCUCUAGAAUCACAUAGCUCAGCUAUGCAGCCUUGUAGUAGAGAAAUGCAAGCAAUGAACUCAAUCUUAAACCAGUCGCUUCAAGAUCUUCAAAACGGUCAACAACAGAUGACGAACCCUCAGAUUCAAGUUCAGAGCUCCAACUUCGAUCCGGCGUCGUCUCACGACGACUUCCUCGAGCAAAUGCUCUCUACACUGCCUUCCUGUUCUUGGCCGGACCUCUCUGGACCAAUUCCCAAGUCUCCUUGGGACCUCUCGUCCAACACCUUGUCGUCGAUCGGUUUCCACAAAUCUCGAGACUUAUUGGACGAUCAGAGCCCGUCGAAUCAUGAGAAUGUUCAGCACCACCAGAUUCACUUCGACGAGUCGGCUAUGUUGGCUUCCAAGCUUCAGCAACACCAAAUCAGCGGAGGCGGCGCCGGAAAUUCGCCGGCGGCGGCCAAGUCGUUGUUGCUUCAGCAGCAGCUACUGUUGGCCAGAGGAAUUAGCGGUGGUCUGAAGUUCCCGGCGGGAGGUUCCGGCGCCGGUGAGUCUGGCCUGUUAUCCAUGCCUUUGAGUCUAGGUAGUGGCGACGACGUCAUCGACGCUUCGUCCUUCAAAUCUCCCAAUCCGGGAGGUGAUGGUUCCGUUCAGGCUCUAUACAACGGGUUGGCCGGAUCUCUGCAUGGAACCGGUCAGACAUCCAACCAAACUCAGCAUUUCCACCAUCCUCAGGGGCAGAACUACGGGGCACCGGCGGCGGUGAUGAACCAAGGUCCGGCGAGCGGUUCGGGCGGAGGAGUGGCUGCGCAGCCGAGACAGAGGGUCAGGGCACGGAGAGGACAGGCCACUGAUCCUCACAGUAUUGCUGAAAGGUUACGGAGAGAGAGAAUUGCAGAGAGAAUGAAAGCUUUGCAGGAAUUGGUUCCCAAUGCCAAUAAGACCGACAAGGCUUCAAUGCUAGAUGAGAUCAUCGACUAUGUCAAAUUCCUCCAGCUCCAAGUCAAAGUUCUGAGUAUGAGCAGGUUGGGCGGUGCUGCAGCUGUUGCCCCCCUUGUUGCUGAUAUGUCCUCUGAGGGAGGUAGUGACUGUGUUCAGAACAGUGGUGGACGGAGCAGUAACGGGGCACAAACGGCGUCAUCAAACGACAGCAUGACGAUGACAGAGCAUCAGGUGGCGAAGCUGAUGGAGGAGGACAUGGGUUCCGCCAUGCAGUACCUACAGGGGAAAGGGCUGUGCCUGAUGCCUAUCUCUCUGGCCACCGCCAUCUCCACCGCCACGUGUCACUCCCGUAACCCCAUCAACAACCACCCACUACUCGGUUCUAACGGCGAGGGUGGCCCAUCAUCUCCCAGUUUGUCGGUGUUGACCGUCCAGUCAGCCACGUUGGGUAACGGCACGGCAGAAACUUCCCUCAAAGACGCUACGUCCGUUUCCAAGCCGUGAUCACGCCCGUUGACUUCUUUUGACUCUUUUGAGAUAAGAGAGAGAAAUAAAAUAGUGGGUGCUAAGUCUACCAAAAUAAGGGUCUCUAAUCUUGAACACUGUAUUACGACCCGUAUUUACGUAGACUUGGCCCAAGCCCAGCCCAGCCUUAUAAGUUAGUAUAACAUCAGUUUAUUUAUUUUUUUAUUUUUCUUAUUUUUGGCGUUCACUAUGUUGUUUUUCAAAGUACAUGUACGAGCUUGUUGGGCCCACUGUGUGUUGAUAUGGGCUGUCAUGAUUCCAUUAGUAUGAAAUGAUUAAUAUUAUUAUUAAUUAAAAUAA